UGCUGCGCGGCAGCGGGUCCGUGGCGGUGCGGCCAUGGCUUCGGCCACUGUGGAGAGGUUCGUGACCAAGCAGCUGGACUUGCUGGAACUGGAGAGGAACGCGGAGGUGGAGGAGCGCAGGUCCUGGCAGGAGAGCAUCUCUCUGAAGGAGCUCCAGAGCCGGGGCGUGUGUCUGCUGAAGCUUCAGGUGUCCAGCCAGCGCACGGGGCUGUACGGACGGCUGCUGGUCACCCUGGAGCCCAGGCGGGGUGGCUCUGCCGGGGUGCUUCCCAGCAACAGCUUCACUUCUGGUGACAUUGUGGGUCUGUAUGGUGCUGCCCACGAAGGUGGUCAGCUGGCCUCUGGGAUCCUGACCCGUAUCACCCAGAAGUCUGUCACUGUGGCCUUUGACGAGUCCCAGGACCUCCAGUUGGACUUGGAUCGAGAGAGUUCCUACAGGCUGCUGAAGCUCGCCAAUGACGUCACGUACAAGCGGCUGAAGGCGGCUCUGGUGGCUCUGAAGAAGUUCCACUCGGGGCCGGCGUCCCCGCUCAUAGAGCUGAUCUUCCACGGAUCCGCCCCCAGCCCUGCCGGUGACAUAGGCCCCCUGGUGCUCUUCAAUGCCACCCUGGACCCCUCCCAGAAGGAAGCCGUCUUGUUUGCGCUGUCCCAGAAAGAGCUCGCCAUCAUCCACGGACCGCCGGGCACUGGGAAAACCACGACCUUGGUCGAGAUCAUCCUGCAGGCUGUGAAGCAGGGCCUGAAGGUUCUGUGCUGUGCCCCCUCGAACAUCGCGGUGGACAAUCUGGUGGAGCGACUGGCCCGCUGGAAGCAGCGGAUCCUGCGCCUGGGGCACCCUGCCCGCCUGCUGGAGUCCAUUCAGCAGCACUCUCUGGACGCGGUGUUGGCGCAGAGCGACAGCACCCAGAUCGUCGCAGACAUCAGGAAGGACAUCGACCGGAUCCUGGUAAAAAACAGAAAGACCCAGGACAAGAGAGAGAGGGGUAAUUUUUGGAAUGAAAUCAAGCUGCUAAGGAAGGAGCUGAAGCAGCGGGAAGAGGCCGCCAUGGUGGAGAGCCUCACGCAGGCCAGUGUGGUCCUGGCCACCAACACAGGAGCUUCUGCCGACGGCCCCCUGAAGCUGCUGCCCGAGAGCUACUUUGACGUGGUGGUCAUUGAYGAGUGUGCCCAGGCCCUCGAGGCCAGCUGCUGGAUCCCCCUGCUGAAGGCUAGAAAGUGCAUCCUGGCCGGAGAUCACAAGCAGCUGCCGCCCACUAUAGUCUCUCACAAGGCCGCGCAGGCUGGGCUGUCCCGCAGCCUGAUGGAGCGCCUGGCCGAGGAGCAGGGGGCGAGCGCGGUGCGGAUGCUGACCGUGCAGUACCGCAUGCACCAGGCCAUCAUGGGCUGGGCCUCCGAGGUCAUGUACGGCGGGCAGCUCGACGCCCACCCCUCCGUGGCCGGCCACCUCCUGAGGGACCUCCCAGGCGUGGCGGCCACGGAGGAGACGGGCAUCCCUCUGCUGCUUGUGGACACUGCCGGCUGUGGGCUGCUGGAGCUGGAGGACGAUGACGAGCAGUCGAGGGGGAACCCAGGUGAAGUCCGCCUCGUCACCCUCCACGUGCAGGCUCUGGUGGAUGCUGGCGUCCAGGCAGGGGACAUUGCUGUCAUCACGCCUUACAACCUCCAGGUGGACCUGCUCAGGCAGAGCCUGGCGCCGAGGCACCCGGGGCUGGAGAUCAGGUCUGUGGAUGGCUUCCAGGGCCGCGAGAAGGAGGCCGUGGUCCUGUCCCUCGUCAGGUCCAAUAGGAAAGGUGAAGUGGGCUUCCUGGCCGAGGACCGGCGGAUCAACGUGGCCGUCACCCGCGCACGGCGCCACGUGGCUGUGGUCUGCGAUUCCCGGACCGUCCACAACCACGCCUUUCUGAAGACCUUGGUGGACUAUUUCACAGAGCACGGGGAGGUACGCACGGCCUUCGAGUACCUCGACGACAUCGUCCCCGAAAACUAUUCCCACGAGGGUUCCCAGAGCCACAGCCAGGCUGCGAAGCCCCGGGGCCCCGCCUCAGCCAGGCCACCUGGACGCCCACCAGGUGGGCGGCAGGAGGGAGGCCCACAAGCUGCCAGCCGCCGGAGGCGGGGCCCGAAGCCUGGGGGCCCUGAAGCCUGUCCCCAGCCCCACCUCAACGGUGAGGACCCGGGGGCAGCAGGAGGCGCAGGGGGCACGGAGCGCUUCAGGGCCACGAUCAUGGAGUUCCUGGGCAGCGAGGAGACGCAGCUGGAGUUUCCCGCCUCCCUGAGCUCUCACGACCGGCUGCGCGUCCACCAGAUAGCCGAGGAGCUCGGGCUGCGGCACGAGAGCUCCGGGGAGGGCAGGGCGCGGCGAGUCACCCUGCGCAAGGCGGGGGCUGGCCGCAGAGCCCCCCAGCCCGCCUCCCAAACAGAGCAGCCCCCCAGGCAGCCGCACAGCCAGGUUCAGCUGGAUCUGAAGGCGCUGUCCCUGGAGAGUACCCCCCUGGAGAAGAGUGGCCACGAGCAGCCAGCCAGGAAGGCGCCACCAGCCGGGAAGGGGCCACCAGCCGUGGGUGUGGGGCUGCCGAAGGCUCCAGACAAGAGGAAGAAGAAGGGACGUGCGGCCCCAGCGGCUCCUGCCGAGGAGGACUUUGACGCCCUGCUGUCGGCUGUCGUGAAGGCCGAUAGCACCUGUGCCUUCGCCAAGUGCUCGGCCAGCGUCGUGACCCUCGGCCAGCUCUGCCAGCUUUGUGGCCACCGCUACUGCCUCAGCCACCACCUGCCCGAGGUUCACGGCUGUGGCGAGAAGGCUCGUGCCCACGCCCGGCAGAGAAUCAGCCGCGAAGGCGUCCUCUAUGCGGGCAGCGGGACCAAGGACAGGUCCCUGGAUCCAGCCAAGAGGGCUCAGCUGCAGAGCAAGCUGGACAAGAAGCUGGGCGAGCUCAGCAGCCAGAGGACGAGCAGGAGGAAGGAGAGGGGCACGUGACCCGGCCUGCCCCAGGGAGCACCUGCACGGGCCCACGCUGCGUCCCCAGGCUGGCUGUGACCUGGGGCAGGGCUGGGACAGCAGCAUGUCCCUGAUGAGUGGCUUGGACCUCGAGCUGUCAGCUGCAGAGCUGGGGAGGCUGCUGAGGUGGGUCCUGUCAGCCGCUGGCCAGGGCCUUCCUCCUGGCUCUGUUCCUUGUGCCUGCAGCGACCCUCGUCCCUUGCGGCCCCCGUCUGUCAGGAAGGCUCCUGGCCUGCUCCUGCCCUUCCUCUCGCUGGGCUUGGGGACUGGGUGAAAUGGCUGCUCCCGGUUGACGGUCCAGGAGGAGCGUCCCAGACCACCUGCGUGGCCGACGCCCGCUCUGAGCGCGCUCCGCUGUUCUCUGCCACGUACUCUAUUUGCCAGAAUCUCAUUGGUGCCAGAAUCUCAUUGAUGUCAUUAAGACCCGGGUUUUUGUUUCCGAGGCGUGUAAGUUAUUUAAAGAUGAAAUAAAACCUGUGCA